GGACUGCGCACGCUGACUGGCUCCGAGACACCUACCAGACUAUCGCCGGAGCAUUGUCAGCCUCUAUAUUCGGUUUUAGCCCCAUAGCCUUCUCCACCAACUGUUCGAGCCGCAAACAUGUCUGGCAGCGGGGCACGAGAGGCCGUCUUCGCGACGCGGCAGUCGCUCGGUCUGAUGAAGAGCAAGCUCAAGGGCGCUCAGACCGGCCACGACUUGCUGAAGCGAAAGAGUGAAGCCCUCACCAAGCGUUUCCGAGAAAUAACGCGCCGUAUCGAUGAGGCGAAGCGCAAGAUGGGCCGUGUCAUGCAGGUUGCUGCUUUCUCCCUCGCCGAAGUUACCUACGCCGUCGGCGGCGACAUUGGCUACCAGAUCCAGGAGUCCGCAAAGCAAGCCCGCUUCCGUGUGCGGACAAAGCAAGAGAACGUCUCUGGUGUCUUCCUCCCUCAGUUCGAGAGCUUUACCGUCGAGCAGAACAACGACUUUGCCCUGACAGGUCUGGGCAAGGGUGGUCAGCAAGUACAAAGAUGCAGAGAGACGUAUGCAAGGGCAGUGGAGACGCUGGUGGAACUGGCUAGUCUGCAGACUGCCUUUGUUAUAUUGGACGAGGUCAUCAAAGUGGUCAACCGCCGUGUAAACGCCAUUGAGCACGUCAUUAUCCCCCGCACGGAGAACACUAUCAAGUACAUCAACUCUGAACUCGACGAGCUUGACCGAGAGGAGUUUUACCGCCUGAAGAAAGUGUCCAACAAGAAGCAGAAAGACGCUGCCGAGGAAGAAGCGGCAAGAGUAGCGGCAAAGAAGAAGAACGAGGAGGACGAGAAGGACGAGAGUGACGCGAGACAAGAUGCUGCCGAGAGCAAGGACAUGCUCGGCGACGAGGACAACGAGGACGUCAUCUUCUGAGUAAUCGACGGACGCCUAGUAGGGCCUCUUCUUGUAUCUCCUCGCAAGGACAAACUCGUCAUGUCCUUGCUUGAACUCUCGGGCUUUCCAGAAUGCCGACACAGCCUCCCAAGACCACAUUCCGUUUCCAUCCCAAUUCUGAGCGUCGUCUGCGAAGUUAAAUAAGAGAUGAGCAUUGUACCAUGUAGAUGUGAAGAUGGGCCUUCAGAUAAUAAGACUCUAUUAUGCCAGCCUGUAUCUGAGAAUGCCGAACGAGGUAUCAUAAACGCAUAAAUCCAUAGCAAUAAAUCCAUGUACAGUAACCUACUGU